AUCUUUCAUGCCCAAACUCUGUAGCCACUCAACAAGAAAAAAAUUCCAAAAUUACCGUUGGAUACGUUAAUGGUUAUUAUUAUGAUUACACAUUCGAUGCUUCGAAAUUACCAUGGAAUAUUACUCAUAUUAAUUGGAUCGCAUUUAAACCAGACGAUCAAUCAAAUAAAGACAUACCAUUUUCAGGUGCUAAUACUGCUAUUACUAAUUUAAAUAAGACGGUGAAAUACAGAAAUGACAAUAAAAUAAAUACCAAUAUAUUUCUAGCGAUUGUUUUAUCAGGGAAUCUCAACAUAAAUAAUGAUUUUAAAAACAAACAACCUUUCGCAAGUAAUAAAACCGAACGUGCUUCAUUCGUCAGCAAUGUUAUAAAUUUUGUUUAUAAAUUUGGAUUGGAUGGGGUUGAUCUUGAAUAUCCUGAUAGAUACGGUUGUGGAAAAUGGAAUGGAUCUGAAAAUUUUAUUCCGUUAGUAGAUGAAUUAUCAUCCGCUUUAAAAGUCAUUAAGAAAUCGCUUUCAAUAACCGUUGGAAAUAACCCAAUCAAAGGGUUAAAUAUUAGUUCAACUGAUUUCAUAAAUGUCAUGCCAUUUAAGCAAAAUGAAAUAUCUAACAAAACCGGUCCAAGCAUCACGUUUGAUCAAAUAUCGAAUAUCAUGGAUGGUUGGAGUAAAACUGUGGAUCCAAAAAAACUUAUUCUGGGUGUUGCAGCAUAUGGAAUUGUUGAACUCACGAAGGCAAUUGAUGGUAGUCUUGAUAAUAACAACACGGUUCCGCUUGAUACUACUGUUGAUAUUAAAGCUUUUGUCUUUGAUGCCACAUCCUCCUCGGAUAAUAGUUCAACAGCUUCUUAUUAUGACGUAUGCUCCUUUAAGGAGGUCUAUUAUUUGAAUGUGGGUUCUUGUCUGGCAAUUAGAUCAAAAACUGGUCCAUUAUCAAGUUCUUGCACUGCACAAAACGGAUGGACUCGAGUAUUUGAUUCCAAUGUUAAAUCCACAUACAUUUUUAAGGUUUAUAAUACCUCAGUAGUGGUAGGCUCUCCAAAUCCACUUACCACGUAUUAUUAUGUUACUUAUGAGGAUUUCCAAUCAAUUCAAUAUAAGUUAAAAUUGAUAAUAGAUAAAUCAUAUGGUGGGAUUGCACUUGAUGGUUUAGGAAUUGGUUGUGAUGAUAUGAUCAGAGCAGUUGAAUCUAUCUUUCCGGUCGAUGGGUAUAAUCCUCCUCCUGGUCCUUCUUCUAACUCUAACGUUGAUCCCUUAUCUGCUAUCCUCGUUGCAUUAGCGUGUUUGGUCUUUUGUUGUGGCGGUGGAGGAUAUUAUUAUGACCAGUAUGGACGUAAGUACUUGAGAGUAGGGUAA